AUGACAUGGAAAUAACAAAAUCGUAUCCCUACCACAUAAUUAAAUAAAAAAUCUUGAUCUUUUAUUUCUUUGCAUUGUAUAGUAUUUUUCAAAUUGAAGCUCUCCACACUCAUUUUCCAUUCGUUGCGUGCAGUGGUGGAGUCACGUUAAUCCUGACAGACUAUAACUUUACUCAACCUAUAAACAUAUGUAAAUUUACAUUUAAAAUUGUGACAAAUUUUGAAAAUGGAAUUUUGAGAAAGUGAUGUUUUUCCACUUUUUCCUCUCCAACCCACCUAAAAAUUGGCUUGCAAAUUUGGAGAAGUGGGCUUGGGAGUGGAUAGAUGGCAGCUGAAAUGGAGGGAGGUGCAAAAAUGCGAGAAUGUGGGGAGACUCUGCGGUAGCCAAGCCCACACGCAGGGGGCACGACGGGGCCCUCUACUUUCGAGCUGCUGUUUUUUUUUUUUUUUUUUUUUUUUACUUUCUUAAUUUUAGAUUGGCUAGUUUUGAGUUUGAAAGGCAAAUUUAGAAGGUUUAGGGUUGGAGCAAAAAAGUGUUUUUGGAAGGUAAAAAUGCACAUUUAAAAGUUUGAAGGGCUAACUAUAGCCUUUUGGGUUGGAGUUAAUCUUAUUGGGAUAAUUUGAUCACGUUGUUGAGAUUGCAAAGGACUGGGUCAAAAAAUAGAUACGAUUGGAUCACAUGGAGAUUCUGAUUGACUGGGACAGGUAGGGUUCUGGUGUCUGGACACAUGAAACAUGCAGGCACCAAUAAUUUAUGCAGAUAAGAACCCUCUCUCUCUAUAGAUAUUUAUGGAUAGUUACUGUUUAUUUUGCGGUUUAUGGAUUAUUAUUUAUUACUAUAUGUGGGCAAAGACAUUUCAAAUAUAAUUACACAUUUGUAACUAAAAAAUGCGUUAAUCAUUGAUUGGAUACUGCCAACUUAUCCAGCUGCCAGGAUCUAAGAAGAGACAAAAGGCCGAUCAAUCGAUGAAGAUAUUCCGACGCGGGCUCUGCACCUGUAUGGGCCGUGGCGAGUAGUUAUUAUUAUUAUUAUUAUUAUUAUUAUUAUUAUUAUUAAUAAUAGUAGUAGUGUAUCUCUUUUGGCAUCUUCGAUCAGUUCUCUAUACCCAAUAAAUAUGGGCCAUUCCUUAUCUUUUCUUCUCGCUUCCAUUUCUGAUCGUAUCACCGGAUACACUGUGAAAUCAGUAGAAUAUGUAUGAGUGAUGCGCUAUUUGGAUGAAUUUUGGGUAUUUUAUAUCAUUAUGACAUUAUUAAAAAAAUUACUAUUUACAUUUUGAAUUAAUUGAGUUUUUGGAGUAUUAUGUUCUCCCUGAACCGUAAUGAGUGAAUUCUCGAUUCUAAUUCUCUAAAGGAUGUAUGACUAUUACGUGUUGUCAUAGAUACGAUUGGAAAACAUGGAGAUUCUUAUUGACUGGGAUAGGUAGCGUUCUGGUGGCCAAUGGAUCCUUAUCUCUUUCGGCAUCUUCGAUCAAUUCUCUACGACUUCCAGCAAAUAUGGGCCAUUCCUUAUCUUUUUCUCUCUCUGCCAUUUCUGAUCGUAUCACCGGGUACACGAUAAAAUCAGUAGAAUAUCUAUGAGUGAUGCGUUAUUUGGAUGAAUUUUAGGUAUUAUAUAUCAUUAUUAAAAAAAAUAUACUAUUUACAUUUUGAAUUAAUCGAUUUUUUGGAGUAUUAUAUUCUCCCUGAACCGUAAUGAGUGAAUUCUCGAUUCUAAUUCUCUAAAUGAUGUAUGACUAUUACGUCUUGUCAUUGGUUAUUCAACAACUCAAUCAUCCCUCUACAUUGGCAGAGCCACUUGUAAGGACAAGUGGUUUGAUAAUUUUUAAAGGGGCAUGUAAGAAAAUAUUUAAAAUCACUUUCAACCAUUCAAAUUGGUGCGAUAAGUUUAGGCCAUAUUUUACUUUAAUUAUUCAUACCAAACCACCCUUUAAUAUUGAAUUAGCCCGGCAGGUCUCAAAUAAUUCUCUUCCCUUCACAGUUCAGACGAAGGCUAGCUAAGUCUAUAUAUAAUAUUAGUGGAUGGUCGUGAAAAGCAAACCAAGAAAAUCAGAGCAGAAGAACCAUCUCAUCAAUGGCGAUUCUCCCACUCUCAAGAGCCACGCUCCUUCAUCUUCUUCUUCUGUCUCUCUAUCUUUUUGGUCAUGCCAUCUCAUCUUCAGCCACGGGCACCAGCAGUGUGCCGGCCACUACAUUCGGCGACGAUGUCCCGCCGGCCAACCGUUCAAGUUUCCCGGCGGGAUUCAUCUUCGGGUCGGCCUCGGCUUCUUACCAGGUUGAAGGCGCGGUUGCUGAAGGUGGGAAAGGACCUACCAAUUGGGAUGUUUACACUGCAAAAUAUCCAGAGAGGAUAGCCGAUCGUAGCAACGGGAAUGUGGCCGUCGAUGCGUAUCAUCGUUACAAGGAAGACAUCACAAUCAUGAAAAGUUUAGGAUUUAAUUCUUAUAGAUUUUCUCUCUCGUGGGCUCGAAUUUUACCAAAUGGAACGAUCAGUGGAGGUGUGAAUAAAGAAGGAAUCGCGUAUUACAACAACUUCAUCAAUGAGCUAUUGGCUAAUGGCAUUAAACCUUUUGUGACCAUAUUUCACUUCGACCUUCCUGAAGCCCUGGAAAAAGAAUAUGCCGGCUUCCUUAGCCGUAAAAUUGUGAAGGAUUUCGUUGCCUAUGCGGAUCUUUGUUUCAAGCACUUUGGAGAUCGAGUUCAACACUGGGUCACAAUCAACGAGCCUCUGUCGCUUGCUUUGUUUGGCUAUGGCCAGGGGACGUUGGCGCCUGGCCGAUGCUCGAAAUGGAUGAACUUGAACUGCACUGGGGGAGACUCAGCCAUCGAGCCAUACAUAGUUGGACACCACCUCCUUCUUUCCCAUGCCUUCAUCGUCAAAUUGUACAGAGAGAAAUAUCAAGCAACACAAAAGGGCAAGAUCGGCACCGCCCAAGUGAUACAAUGGCUUCUUCCACUCUCCGAUUCGAAGGAAGAUCACGAAGCUAGGCAACGGAGAAUAGAUUUCACGCUUGGAUGGUUUCAGGACCCAUUGGCCACCGGAGACUAUCCGGCAUCGAUGAGAGCUAAUGUGGGGAAACGAUUGCCCAAAUUCUCAAAAGAGGAAGCCGAGAUGUUGAAAGGCUCUGCCGAUUUCGUGGGCUUGAACUACUACACAUCUUACUACGUUUUCAAUGACCCUCCUCCGGCUAAUGCUCUCAAGAGCGCUGUGACGGAUUCUCAUACCAAUUUUUCACCCACGAAGAAUAAUGUCGAUAUCGGCCCAAAGGCAGGGAUAGUUUGGCAGUACAUUUACCCCAAAGGGAUUCGAGAUGUUGCUCUCUAUGCGACAAAGAAGUAUCCUAACACGCCUAUUUACAUCACUGAAAAUGGCAUGGGGGAGGUCAAUAACGACACCUUAAGCAUCAAGGAAGCUCUUAACGACACUCUGAGAGUCUUUUUCUAUCGUGAGCAUAUAGCAUAUCUCAACAGCGCAAUCAAGGAUGGUGCAAAUGUGAAAGGACAUUUUGCUUGGUCAAUAAUGGACAACUUUGAAUGGGCGGAGGGCUAUACGAUCCGAUUCGGCAUAAAUUUUGUGGACUACAAAAAUGGGCUUAAACGAUACCCUAAACAAUCUGCCAUCUGGUUCCGUAACUUCUUGAGAAAUUAGUCAAUGAUCUAUCCGACUUUGAUAAUUGUACUUUGUUUGAGUUUUCAUGUUGUUAUUUCUGAAAAGACAUAUUCUGUGAGAGAUAUGAGUAUGUUUCUUUUCCAAUAAAAUUAUCCAUCAAGUUUUCGUUUGUCUUAAUACUCUCGGCCUCUUGUCACUCGCCUUAUAUAUCAUUUCGCAACAAUAUUUUAGCGAUAAUGAAGUAUGUAUGUACAUAACUUUUUGUUGACAAAUGAGUUCAUAAUCAUCUCCUCAAAUUAGAAACAUCUCCAAUUCGCCACCCCUCUAUCCACCCAAUGAUCGAUGAUCUCAAAUCACGAGGCUAAUGUUGUUGCCGAUCAUUUUUGCUAUAUCAUUAAUCUAAGUAUCUAACCUAUUGAUUUAGUCCGACGGUUAUCCACGUUUCUUUAUGCUAAUGUGUGCAUAAUUUACCUUGUAUUGAUUUUUGUAUAACUCUAUGAAAUUUAAAUUAAAACCAAUUACUGUCCCCAAAUCUUACAUGAGCCAUAUCCUUAUCUUCUCUUCUCAUUUCCUAUAAGAAAAGUCUUCUCUUCUCAUUUGUUUUUUAAAACUCAACCAUUAAUUUUUACUUAUUACUUGGCACAUACUGAUUUCUAAUAAAGAUUCGUAUCUACAUUAAUUGAUGAGUCGCACGUGGGACAAAAAAUUAAUGUUGUUGAUUAUAUUAUCUUGACAUAGGUAAUGCUUUAACAUGCAUAUUAAACAUAAAACUUCACAAAUAUGACCAUUCAAAUAAAAAAAAAAUACGGGUUGAAUCUAGUCCUUAAACCCCAUUCCUUAAGAAGUAUCUUAAAUCCAUUCUAAUUAAUAGGAGAAGGAGAGAGGUAAAUACCAGUUUGUGGGAAUUUUAUUUUCCUCUUGGUAUCCAAACUCGAAAGUAGUAGAAUAAUUCCUCUCAUGAUAUAAUGGCUGAUGUAGAGGUAAGCCAAAGGCAAGCCACCGUUGAACUCAAGAUGGGAAAGAAUUACACACAUACUCUAUUUUCUAAUUCUGGAAGAGAAGAGACAUCAUAAAGAAAUUUUGGCCGAGUUUUGGUGUUGUAUAAAUUUCGUGGGAAAAUAGGGAGGGCUGGUGGUAUUUAUAGAAAGUAAAUGGUUGGUACAAAUAUGCAAAAGUCAAUUGAUUUGCCUAAUUGACUUGAUGCGGGUUGGAUAAAAAAAUCUAAAAAAAAUAUAUAUAAUCAAUUUUAUUUGGUCAAGGACAACGAGGCCGAGAAGAGCGAGCAACAAAGACGGCUCGAGAGCUCAUUUUCUUCUACUCUUUUUACUAGUCUUAGUGAGUUUCUCAACUUAAUACCCAUUUUAACUUCCACAUUUCUCCAAUAUAGUACAAGUGAGAUGUCUUUAACUCCCUUCCCUUUCCUCCCCUUUUCAUUCACCCUACUAAAAUCCAACAAAAAAUUUUGAAAGAACAGGGUUUUUGAGGAAGUCUCAACUUAAGAUCUUCGUUUUCUGUAUUGUAUCUUAUGUAAAUCUAUACGUGAGAUAAAACAUGAAAUAAGCAACGACUAAUUUAAAAUUAUGUUUAAGAGAAAGCAAAACGAUCAAUUAGGAAGAGUGGUUACAGUUACACGAUGAUUAAAAAGGAGUAGAAGACAAAUUGUAAAAGACUACCAUUUAAAUAUCUUAUAAUUGAUGUCAAACUUUUACGUUUCAAACAUACUGUUUACAUAAAGUUAUAUAUAAAAUUUUGAAAUUAUU